AUGUGGCUAAAACUUUUGAAAACCAAUAAUUUGGAGAGCCUGCUUAAGCCCACCAUCAUCAAGGGAAGAUACAGAGCUCCAGCGAUCAGAGGCAAGCAGAGACAGAUCCUGAAGCAAUGAUUCAGAAGAGCAGGGCUCCCAUGGAUUUAUGAGCCAAUCACUCCUGUGAUUAACACAACUAGUUGCUACAACAGGAUGCCUAGGGAGACUCGUACCCAAAGAAACAAAAAGAUCAAGAUUGCUCAGAUUAGAUCUAAAUUAGUCGACAUGGACCAAAAGAUCCUCGACUACAGAAAAGAGCAGAUUGAUAACAGACCCUACACUGGUCAAGAUAGACACCUGAGAGAUAUGCUCCUCGCCUACGCUAAGGGACACAAGAGAAAACAGGUCACUGGAGAGAUGCAAGGCCCAGGAGGCCAAUUCGUUAAAAAGAAAAUUGGCGGAUCUGGUGGAAAGCUCUCAAAGAAGGAUAAACACUUCAAAGCCCAAACUGAAGAAUUCCUCGCAAACCUUUAG